AUGCCGAAGACUAGCCCACCGGGCGUCUGGCGGAAGCAGCGCGCGGCUUCCCCGGGGCCCCUCCGACCCAGGAAACCACGGAGCGCAUCCAAGGGCCCGUGCCGGCCUCACCAGCUCCGGCGACCCGGCACUCUCUCUGCCUGCGGAGUGGAGCCGCCCUGCCAGUUCACCCGCACUCCCGGCACCCUCCCACGCCGCCGCCGCCGCCGCCAGCCCCCGCCCAGUCUGCCGCCCCGCGCCGCCCACCAGGACGCUCCCGCCGCCGCGGGGGACCCGGGCGCCUGUCCGGGAGCCGCGCCCGCGAGCCUUCCCAUCUGCCCGCAGCUGCAGCCAGACAAACCUGCCUUCUCCACGCACACCCCCGCCCAGGCCAGCUGGCUGGAACUCGUGUUCUCUGUGAGCUUCAGUGCCCUCGUCCAUGAAAUGGGCAUAAGACCUGCCUUUCAUAAACUCAUUCACAGAUAUGAAUUCCGGGCCUCCUGUGAGCCUGACUCUCCCGACAGACACAGAGCGGAACAAAACAGAUGUCCUGUCCUCGUGUCAUAG